GAGGAGUGGGACUGAGUGCAGCAGCAGCUCCAACCAAAUAGAGUUGAAUGAUUGAACUUUCUUUUUUAGUUUGUGCAGCUCCCCUGCCUCUCUCCCCUCCGCACUGAGUGUGGUCAGCACAGGGAAGCUCCACUCUCCUCUUCCCUUGAUUGAUCUCUUGUACAAGAUGAAGGAUCCCGGCUGUUCCAUGACCCUUUUCCUAUGGAUUAUCUUGCUGUGGGGCAGCUUUUGGAACUCAGCUUCUGCUACUUCUGGCAAGCAGGAUGAGUCCUUCUCUACAGUCAGUGUGUACAGAGCAAGAUGCACAUCCAGGUGCCUGAGCCUGCACAUCACUCGCAUCUCUGCCUUCUUCAAACACUUCCAGAAUAAUGGUUCCUUGAUAUGGUGCCAGAACCACAAGCAAUGCUCAAAGUGCUUGGAACCUUGCAAGGAAACCUGGGAUUUGAAAAAGAAUAGCUGCCAAAGUCUCUGCGAGCCACUGUUUCCGAAGAAGCAUUAUGAAUGUUUAACCAGCUGUGAGUUUCUCAAAUCCAUCCUGUCGGUGAAGCAAGGUGAAUGCCCAGCUCCGGAGAAAGCCAGUGGAUUUGCGGCAGCAUGUGUGGAAAGCUGUGAUGCUGAUAAUGAAUGCUCUGGGGUGAAGAAGUGUUGUUCCAAUGGAUGUGGUCAUACCUGUCAAGUACCAAAAAACUUGUACAAAGGAGUUCCUUUAAAGCCAAGGAAGGAAUUAAGCUUCAGUGAACUUCAGCAUGGAAAUCUUGAAAUUAAAUGGUCUUCAAAAUUUAACAUUUCCGUUGAACCAGUGAUUUACGUGGUUCAGAGAAGAUGGAAUUAUGGGAUACAUCCAAGUGAAGAUGAUGCCACCCCCUGGCAAACAAUUUCUCAGACCACAGAUGAAAGGGUGCAGCUCUCUGAUGUCAGACCGAGCAGGUGGUACCAGUUCAGAGUGGCCGCUGUUAAUGUGCAUGGAACAAGAGGCUUUACAGCACCAAGCAAACACUUCCGUUCAUCUAAAGAUCCAUCAGCUCCACCAACACCAACCAAUCUCAAGAUAGCCAACUCAACAACAAACCAUGAUGGCACUAUUACUGUAUGGGUCACCUGGGAUCUUCCAGAAGAACCUGACAUUCCUGUCCAUCAUUAUAAGGUGUUUUGGAGCUGGACAUCACAUGGCAAAUCUGUUGUUCCAGCUAAGAAGAAGCGUAGGAAGACAACAGAAGGGAGCCAGAAGUAUGUGACAUUAGAAGGAUUACAGGCCAACAGCAAUUAUAUGGUAGAGAUUCAAGCUAUUACUUACUGGGGACAAGUACGUCUGAAAAGUGCAAAGGUCUCUUUAUAUUUUUCCUCCAGUCCAUCCAGCUCAUCUAAGGAUCAAGUAUCAAAAGUCAGUAAAAUGAAGACUGAUACUCUAGUGCCACCUCAAAGAAAACGCACAGCUCACAUGCUUGAAAUUGGAGCUCCAUUCUAUCAGGAUAAUCAACUUCAGGUCAAAGUUUACUGGAAAAAGACAGAAGAUCCUCUUUUGGGACUUUAUCAUGUACAAUGGAUCCCUGAAUCAUGUGCACAGAAUGAAACAAAGGGACCCGAGAAAGCUGUAACCCAAGAUCAUCACAUUAUCCUGCCAGGAUUAUUAUUUUCAUGCAAGUACAAAGUGACAAUACAGCCAGCUAGAUCUAAGGGCCACUUAAAAGCUGAAAGCAUAUUCUUCACAACUCCUCCCUGUUCAGUACUGAAAGGCAAAAACCACAAACACAUCAACUGUCCAACUGAAGGAGGACAAAUUGUCCCUAAAGUGUUGGCAAAACCUGAAAAUCUAUCUGCUUCUUUUAAUGUCCAUGAGGGAAACAUUACGGGACAUUUUUCAUGGAAAUUAUCCAAAUUAAACCUUCAUCAACCAAUGACAGGAUUCCAAGUCACAUGGGCAGAAGUCACAACAGAAAGCCGACAAAACAGCCUACCAAAUAGUAUAAUUUCACAGUCUCAGAUAUUGCCAGCGGAUCAUUAUGUUCUUACGGUCCAUAAUCUUAGGCCUUCAAUGCUUUACCGACUGGAAGUUCAAGUUUUAACAACCGGAGGUGAAGGUCCAGCGACAAUAAAGACAUUUAGGACUCCAGAUAUACUUCCCCCUUUACCUCACCGGCCUCAUAUGAAGCAACACCAUCCUCAUCAUUACAAACCAUCUCCAGAAAAAUUUUGAAGUUUUGUAUCCAGAAGUAUGUGAGCGGAAUUUUGCAUGAUAACCAACGUACUCUUGGAAGGACAAUGCAGAAUUUUAAAUGGAGCUUUCACAAUUUCAUGAAAACAGGAAGCUAUGUCUGCUUCGUAUUGUCCUGGAUAUUCAAUGUGUCUUCUUCUCAAGUCCCAAUAUGCAUUGUGUAGCAUAUAUUGAAGGAUAGAUUUUCAGCUUGUGUUGUUUUAUUGUAUUUCACAUAGAUUGGAAAGUGUUUUAUAUGGCACUUCUGUUUUUUACGGUAUGUGUAUCAUUUAUUCCAUGUAGUUAUUGAUUCUGUGAAUAUUAUAUAUUGUAAAUACAGCAUAAUAUAGAUGCUUAAAUAAUUAUUAAGGAAUAGGGGGAGACCAGUUUAGAAAAAAUGGAAGCCACAAGAUAUGCAAACAAUGUAAAACUUAGCAUUGCAGAAUGCUGGUCCAAUGGACUAACUGGGCAGAACCUGUAUGACAGUAAAUAGAUUGUUUAGCCAUAUAUAACUACUAUUUUACACAAAGGUGUUGAAACCAAGGAUUUAGUUCACCUCAAAAUUACCAACUUGAUAUACAGAAAAUAUUUAAUUUAUUAGCUACCUAUCAGCUAAAUUCAUGUGCUUGUAUGUUGCUUACAUAUCUUGUGAUGUUCAUGAUAUGCAGCAGCUUUGUUAUUAUCAUUGGCAGCCAUACUAAAAAUGAAGAUAUACCAUAUUUAUUGUUUUUAUCUAAUUUUAUUUUUAUUAAGUUACAUCUCUGGGUUUCAAGGCAAUGUCUUCCAGUGUUUAUGUAUGUUAAUGUAUAAUGAUACCUAUAGCCAUAUCUGGAAAGUCUUCAAACAUAUUUUGAAAAAUAAUUUUAGUAGCUUGAAAUGUGUUAUAUUUAAUCAUUGUUACUAUUUAUAGGAAUCAGCUUGAAAAUUCUUUUAGCCUAGCUUAUAUUUGUUUAUUUUACAUCACAUGUGCAUUGUCUUGAUCAUAAAAACUAGUACUCUUAUUAUUUGUAUUCUGUAUGUAUGUAAUAUAUGGAAUUUAAGACAAUUUCACAAAAGUCGAUAAAUAUACAGAUAUGAAUCCAAGUAUUUAUAAUGUUUUUUUUUUACCAGUAUUUAGACCACUUUGUCAAAUUAAAACAGGAGUUCAGAUUUUUUUUUAUAGUUUAACUUGCUUAGAAAUUAUUUUACGCUAUCAUGGAAGUGGUUACAAAAUACAUGAAUGUUUAAAAAUUGGAUUAUGUCUGGGAAAUGAAUAGUAAUCAUAGUAAUAUUACAAUAACAUACAAUUGAAAUAACAUUACUGCCCUCGUACAAAUGGUACUGUGUAAAAGCUUACACCGAAUAUUUUCUGAAAAUAAGAUCACAACAACCAAAUAACUAACAUUAGACGUUGACUGAAACUCAAGCAUCCAAAUAGCAACCAACAAAACAGCACAAUACAACCAAAUCUACACACAAAUGGCUACUAGCUAACACUAUUCUCUGAAUCAUAUACACAAAAAUGUUUAAACAGACUAAAAAGCAAUGGACAUACCAAUGCUAUGCACCUGAUCAUGCACCCAAAUCAAUCAAAAUAGAUGCGAGCACACAUGCAGGCUAACACAAAUAAACCCACAAAUACAUGCAUCAUGCAUAUCAACAAAAGUCAGAAAUGUUCAUACCAAUAAUACAUUAUUUGUACCUAUUGAUAAAUUCAGUCACAUAAUUAAUAAAUCUAUAAAGAAAUACACAAUACAUAUUUUUUAAGCCACUGUAUUACUUUUAAAUCAAUGCUGAGAAAUGAAAGCAAAAAAUGCAAUUAUAUCAAGCAAUGCUCCGAUCUUUUUAUAUUUUUGCUACAUUUUUGUUUUGUUAUAUACUUUUCUUAGUUAUAUCAUUUUUAAAACAAUGAAACAUGUAAUUAUCUGCAUAUCACUCCAUAUCUCAUAAUAAGUAAAUAAAUCAAGAUUGGUGCUGCUUAAUGCAUAUUUUUUGCCCAUAAGACGCACUUUCCCCCCAAAAAAAGUAGGGGGAAAAUGCCCCUGCAUUUUAUGGGCCGAAUGCUUCCCUUCUACAUCGCA